AUGCUGAGAUCUACGUACAAUCCGCCACCGCCUCUGCCUCCAGGGUGGUCGGAACAUCGUGCGCCUUCAGGUCAUUUGUACUACUAUAAUGCGUCCACAAAGCAAUCCACCUACAAGAGACCGGAAUCUCAGAGCACACAAAGUGCCCAACCAAGUGCGCCUGUACUGCCCAUCGCCGGAUCUACGCAUUCACUUCCUUUCUACUCACCCGAAACUCUACCACCAUUCUCGUCAACGCCGUACGGACCGGCAGGUUUUAGCCCCGGCAGCGCGCAACAUAGCCAAACCCAGCACAAACCCGGAAAUACUAGUGGCGGAUUCCGUGGUGGGAGGGGAUAUCAAGACCGAGGGCAGCGGGACGCACGGGAUCGGCCAAAGUCCAAGCACGCAAUCCCUCACUGUGCGCCAUGGGUUCUUGUGAAGACCAAGUUGGGCCGACGGUUUGUACACAACCCAGAGACAAAUGAGAGCUUCUGGAAAUUUCCAGAGAAAGUCCUGAAGGGCGUCGUAGAAUACGACCGGCUAGAGCGCGAGAAGCAGGAGAGAGUCGAGCGCGGCGACGAAUUGGAACAGGCGGACGAAACCAAAAAGGGGGCCACAGAAGCUUUACAACCCUCAAAUGUGUCAGGUGCGGGAACUGUGAACGAGACUCGUGAAGAAAUCUCUUCACAUGCUCAGGACAGCGAGGAGUACGAAGAGGUCGAGGUCACCGAUGAUGAGGACGACGACGAGGAGCAUGGCCAAGUGUCAAAGCGCGCUCGCACUGAGAGCCCCGACAAAACAGAUCAGCCACUGGAAUUCACAGAAGAGGAUAUGGAUUAUCAAUUGGCAGCUAUGGGAGAAGAUUAUGGCCUGGAACCUGGCGAAUACGGCGAGCCCGGCGAUGAUUGGGAGGAAGGAGCUGAAGGCCUCCCGCUGACGGAGGCGGACGCAGAAGCUUUAUUUCGUGAUUUGCUUGACGAUUAUCGUGUCAACCCCUUUUCGACAUGGGAGAAAAUCCUUGAGGAGGGGCGUAUCAUUGACGAUUCAAGGUACACUGCUCCUGAAAAUAUGAGGACUCGCCGGGAAAUCUUCUCAAGAUGGAGUAAAGACCGCAUUAAGGAUGUGCAGUCUCGAAAGGAGCAACAGGAGAAAGAGGAUCCACGGAUCAAGUACCUGGCUUUCCUCGAGGAAUUUGCUACACCAAAGCUAUACUGGCCUGAAUUCAAGAGGAAGUAUAGAAAGGAAGCAGAUAUGAGGAAUUCCCAACUUUCCGACAAAGAUCGCGAAAAGCUAUAUCGCGACUAUGUUGCCAAGCUAAAACUUCCUGAAAGCACCCGCAAAACCGAUCUCUCAGCACUUCUCAAAGCGGUGCCACUGCACGCUCUCAAUAGGUUAUCGAACUGCGAGGCCCUCCCGUCGAUGGUCGUCACUGAUGUUCGAUACAUCGCGGUUCCUCGAAAGAUCCGAACGCCGCUCAUCGAAGCUUUUAUUUCAACUUUGCCGCCCCCGCCGGAGCAACAAAUGACCGCAGAGCAGCAAGAGGAGCAUGAUCGAAAACAAAAAGAACGAGAGAAGCGGGAGAGAGCACUUGCGGAUCGAGAGAAACGCGUUGAAGAAGACAAACGGAGACAGCGUGGCGAGCUUCUUCGCGGCAAGCAUCUUCUACGGGAAGGCGAAGCUGAGAUAGCCGAGGCUAUGAAAGUUCGAAAAGAUGGUCUCCGUGCUUAUAUGGAAAUCGACGAUCCCCAGCCAAGCAAUAUCGUCGAAGAUUCAAGCCGUCACAAUUGA